AUGGCACACCAGCUGGACCUGCCUGAUGCAUGCGACGGCGGCUUUACUUACAUACAGGACUUUGUCACAGAGGACGAAGAGGCAUUUCUGCUGGCCAAGAUAGAUGCUGCCCCGCGUUGGAAGGCAUUGGCUCAUCGACGACUGCAAAUGUGGGGCGGCGAGUGCGUGGGCAAGACGUUGGUCAGCAAGCCCUUGCCACCCCAUGUGACGCAAUUUCCUGCGCUCAUCACACGUCUCGAGCAAACAGGGGCUUUUGUGGCUAGUAAGCAUGGCCAGCCGAAUCAUUGCCUCGUCAACGAGUACCUCCCAGGUCAGGGCAUUAUGCCUCAUACAGAUGGACCAGCGUAUUUCCCCGUCGUAGCGACGAUCAGUCUGGGUGCGUCCACGUUGCUGGAUUGGUACCGGACGAAACCGGAGGGUGGCUACGAUCCGACGCCAGCCUUCUCGAUCUUGCUAGAGCCGCGCAGCUUGCUCAUCACGCGCGGGCAGGCGUAUACAAGGUAUCUCCACGGCAUUGACGCUCGGAUGCACGACUCGCCCGAACAUGUCGCACGCGUCAUCAACGCACAUGUCCUUGCGCACCCUACGCGCGCAGCAUAUUCGAGUGUGGUAGCCCGCAGACGCCGCGUAAGUCUUACGUUUCGUGAUGUUGAGCGCGUACAAAAGGGACUUGGCUGA